AUGGUCCACCUCCUCCUCGCCCCCCUCAAGGGCAACAGCGCGUCCUCCCGCUCCUUCCCCUACCACGGCUACCUCGGCCUCACCCCGGUCAGCGUCGAAGGCACCGUCCGCACCUCUCUCGACGAGGACGGGAAGACGAUCCCCGCAAAGACCCUCACCAUCUCCAUCCGUUGCUACGAGUCCCGCGUCGGUCGCUUCCGCUCCACCGUGCACACAAAACUCGUAGUCGACCACACCGAAACCCUCUGGUCAAAGCCCGACUCCGCAGACUGGGCCGACGUCGGCGUCCUCGACUUUCCCUUCAAGCUCACCCUCCCCAAACGCAUCCAUGGCUUCAGCACCGCCAACUUUCACGACUACCGCACCUUCUGGCGAUUAGAGGCCGCCCUCGAACACCUUCCCAUGCCCGGCGUCGGUUCCCGUCUCCUCCGCUACUACGAUCUCCCUCUUAUUCGGUACGACAACCUCGCCCUUCCUCUCCCCGCGCUGUGUCCCCCACCCGUCACCCACGCGCUCUGCCUCCAGACCACCAAGCCCCGCGCACCCGUCGUCCGCUACAACAUCUCCACCCCCACCGUCCCCGUAGGUCCCCAUGACAUUAUCUUCUCCUCUCUCUUCCUCCAGCCGUUAGACCCGGGCGUUUCCGUACGCAGUGCUACCCUCGUGAUCGAGCGCCGCAUCGACCUCCACAGCACCCCCGCCUACGAUUCUUCGACGUCGAUAUCCUCCACCUCGUCCAGCGCACCCUCCACCCCCGAUUACUUGACCGAUAACAGCUUCACGCCCACCACCGGCAGCCCUCUGCUAUCCCCCUAUUCCAGCGACUCUCCGCGAUCCGUACACGACGUCCCUCCUUCCCCGUCCUCCAGCACCUCGCCGCUCGACGACAACACCACCUCUACCUCCCGGUUUCUCUCCCCGACCCCGUCGUCCUACCCGCCCACGCUCUCCAUCCCCGACACCCGAUUCACUUCCCCAUAUGCCACCACCCCGGUUGACCUCCCCCGGCGCACACUGACCGCCACCGUCGCGUCCGCCGAGGACGCCAGUUUCGCGUGCGACUCCUCCGGCGUGUGGUCCAGCACGAUCACGCUGCAGUGGCCCGCCCCCCGCAGCCUCAGCCGCUGGGCGCUCGGCGAGACGCUCCACAGCGACUUUGCGUCCGUGCGCUUCUUCAUCAAGACCAAGGUCGUCAUCGCGUCCGCCGCAGGCGUCGAGGCGCUCGAGCUCGAGGAGCGCGAGCUCGCGGUCACGGCGACGAACGAGGCCGAGCGCGAGCUCGCGCUCGCAAAGUACAACGAGCAGCGCGAGGCUGCCCAGCGCUCCAAGUCCAAGUCGCCCUGGAGACGGCGCGAGCGCGACGCGGACGCGUCUGCGGCGGCGCCGCAUGGGUAUGCGCACACGCGCUCGCUCCCCGCCUCGGCCGCACGCGAGAAAUUCGACGCGGAGCAGGCGCACGCGCACCACCAUCACAGGAGCGAGCCGCCCACCGGGCGCAGCAGCGUCUCGAGCGCGCGCAAGGACAUGUACUCGUCGAACGUCUGGGGGUCCGCCAUGUCCGCCGCGAGCGGGAGCGCGAAGCCGCCGACGGGCACGCGCAAGCUGAAGACGCCGCGCCGGCCGCACACGUCUGCGGGCCCGCGGGACAAGUCGAAUUUCCCGUAUGCGGCGCGCGCGGAGGUGGGGCUGAACUCGAGUCCGGACGCGAGCGCGGAGGUGGGCGCGGCGGCGCGGCGGCCGAAGGAGAGCGGGCUGGGGGAGUCGAUGCUGUUCGCGCGUGACCGCAGCCGGGAGACGCGGGCGCGCAAGCGCGAGAGCGGGUCGUCGCGCGAGCUGGGGGGGAAGGCGGUGGAGCUGGACCAUGUACGGGCGUGGGAGGAGGAGCUGAAGCGGAUCGAGCUGCAGUCGCGGCGGAGCAGCGCGGGGAUGCGGGGCCUGUGGGGGCUCGGCCGCAGGAAGCAGCUCGCGCAGACCGGGUAG